UGGCGCGGUGACGUCACGCUGUCGUGCGCUUUUGGAUUCGGGCAGGAGAAGAUGGCGGCCUCCUCAGGAGUCAAAGUUCCUCGUAAUUUUCGUUUGUUGGAAGAGCUUGAGGAAGGGCAGAAAGGUGUUGGUGAUGGCACAGUGAGUUGGGGUUUGGAGGAUGAUGAGGAUAUGACUCUCACACGGUGGACAGGCAUGAUUAUCGGACCUGCGCGGACUAAUUACGAAAACAGAAUAUACAGCCUGAAAGUGGAGUGCGGACCUAAAUAUCCCGAAUUACCACCGAAUGUUAGAUUUGUAACAAAAAUUAGCAUGAAUGGAAUAAAUAAUUCCAAUGGGAUGGUGGAUGCACGUAGCAUACCAAUUCUAGCGAAAUGGCAAAACUCAUAUAGCAUUAAAGUCGUUCUUCAAGAGCUAAGGCGUCUUAUGAUGUCCAAAGAGAAUAUGAAGCUUCCCCAACCACCAGAAGGACAAACAUACAGCAAUUAAUUGUAAAUGAUUGUGACCCUCUGUCUUAAACCUUACUCUCUUAGAAACGUCUUGUAAAUCAUCAGAAACAAACAAACAUCGGUCACUCAACAACAUCAGUCUCCAAUACUGGAGCAUGAUUGGACCUUUCUAUUAGUUUAGCUUGAGAAACAAUGAAUGCCUUUAAAUGUGUGGCAGCGUCAGUUCUGUUUUACAAUUCUGAGUGCACAAAUCUCUCUCUUUUAGUAACGUUACAUCGACCACGAGCGUAUGUUGAAGAGCUGAAUUCAGUCGAAGAAAGAAAGGCACGUUAGAACGGUGAGGUUUAUACAGAUAUAUACAUUUUAAGUUAAAGCAACUGGAUGCCAAAUUUCAAAAUUAGGAUGCAUAUGCAACGGCAUGCUUAUUAAGAAAAAAGCUUUUUGGGAAAACGAAAGUUGUACGUUUUUUUGUGUGUGUGUGUGUGUGUGUGUAUCUGAACCCCUCACUGAGAAUAAAAGUAAAGGGUCCUUAAAAGUGUGCCUGUAGAGUACUAGUAGUAUUGCAAACGAGGGGAGUGCUUCUGAACGUUUUCUUCAUUUUUGUUUUAAACGUCUGUAUUUGACACAAUAGCAGUUUGUUUCAGCGCGAUAGCUCUUGUAUUCGGAUGUUCUGUUCUAAAAUCGAAACAUGCGCUUAACUCCUACAUAAAAUGGUUGUAUUAAAAAUGUGACUCCUCAACCCGCUGUCAGAAUUUGUUUGUAUAUCGGUCUAUCACACGCCGCAAAAAAUGCUGAGAUGUUACUGUACGAAACGGCAAACCCUUGCCAUUCAAGGACUGGAUGUAGAGUUUUGCCUCGCUUGUGAUUUUUAAAAUGCCAAACCUCCUGAAAUGUUCCAGUUAAUGCCCACAGAUAUGUUUUUUUCAUAUCACAAACACUGAAUGUUACGUUUAUUUAAAACUGUAGUGAAGAAAUAACCUCUUAAACAUUGUAAAAGGACGUGCAAAUCGCAUUUUAAAGCGAGUUCGAAGUUGUUGUUAUGGUAAGGGUUUGCUGUACAAAACUUGCACAGUGCUUUAAAACUCCACUUAUACCUGCAAUAGCAUGCUGUUAUGUAGCUCUCAUUAAAUCUGAAUGUAGUACUUUAGCAUUUAUAACAUUAGCAACACUGUUAUAAUCCUUAGGUACUCUUAACAAACAUAAUUGAAUUGUGAUUCCAGUGACUGGUGGGGGAUUGUAGUAUUGUUCAUUUCUGCUUGGGUGGGCUAUGACCAUUUCACUAAAGUCUUCAUUAGCAAAAAGAAUAGGCUGUUACUGUGCAAACUAAUAUAUGUAGUGGCAAUUUCUUACCGUUUUUCAGAGCCACAAUCACCCUGCUGUGUAAUGAAUCUAAGAGUCAUUUUCUCCCUGUUCAUUUUACUUUCUUCUUCUUUUUAAAGACAUAACCAAAUUAAGUUGAAUUUGUGACACCGGGGCUAUGUUCAGAAAUAAUAAAACAACCAUUGUGGAACACA